AUGGCUCCUGUAACCGAUUCAUCGGUGCGCUCUGGGAAACUGUCACGGUUUUUCAGAGACGUAUUGAGAGGAAACCGGACUAUCAUCACUCGCGACGACUCACAACUCUUUCUUGAGGCGGUCCGGAACCAAGAAAGCCCCGCGAUCUGCGUCGAGUCUCUGAUUGCCAGCCCCUGCGGCCUGACAGCAGUUCGACACAGCGUGCGAGCGGAUCUGUCACUUCCGUUCAUGAAAUCGCAGACGCUCGGAUUCCUUGCAUUUCUAUCAAGACCAGAGGUUAAGACUCUGGCCAACGGCCAGCUCUUGGAGAAAGUCCUGCAAGCCAUUGUCAUACCGGCAACGUUUUGGAAUGAGCUUCUCAAGGGCUUCCUGGAAUAUCAGCUUGAGGAAGAAGCCAUUCUACAGACGGGCUGGCUUUCACAGGCAAAGGCUCACGAAACCCGGGAUCUGGCGUACAAGAUUGAGAAAGUACUCCAGCUGAAGACUUUGCCGCAGCAAAACAACUCAUCGUACUCACCCGGAGGACGGCACGAUAAUGACUUCGCAGACUUUCGACAGAUUGCAACUUAUCCUACCGCGGAUGAAUUUCUGGCCAUUGACAGGCCUUUCUAUCGUCGUGCUGAGGAGAUAUUCGAGUCCGAGCCAGCUGAAAGAUCUGCUUUGCACCUAGAUAACCAGUACCGACUGCUGAGAGAAGACAUGCUUGGAGAACUUCGACAAGAUUUGCAAGUAGCCAUUGGAAGGAAGAAGGGAAGACGCUCAGCCCUCACCCUUGAGUCGCUAACGCCUGUCAAGAUGGAACUGGGGGAUGAUAAUCGAGGAAGGCAGUGUUCGCUAGCUGUUGAAUGCCUCAAGGGCCUUGAGCGAUUGAGGAAAGUGGACAAGAACAGACGACGGCAGUUCCUCCUCGACAACCAGAACUACCUGAAACACCAAGCCUUCGGGGCUCUCUUCAAUGGUGAAACCAUUUGCGGCUUCGCAUUCGUCAAUCGAGACUUGGACUUGCUCGCUAGAGACCCGCCGGUGGUGUGCCUUCAAUUUACGGAGAGCAAGGCGUUGGGCAACGCGCUUCUCUCGCUCAAGUCGCCGAGGGGUGUACAGUUCAUUCUUGUCGAUACCCCCGUCUUUGCCUAUGCGCCCAUCCUGAAUGAGCUCAAAGCCAUGAACAGCCUUCCACUCCAUGAUGUUCUCCUACACCCGUCGCAGAAAAACAUCGACGUCGAAGCAUUUGAGCCACCUGAGCGUAUUCGCAAGCUGGCUUCUGCGCUUUCAUCAAAACCAGUACCUGAGCAAGGGGUUGGUUCGAAAGACUCGACUGUUCGCAUGGACCAGUCUCAAGUUGACUCCUUUGUCAAUGCUCUCACAAAUCCUGUUAGCAUUAUACAGGGGCCUCCAGGUACCGGAAAGACUGUUUUAGGUUCACAAACAGUGAAAUGCAUGCAAAGGUUUUCCGCACUCAGGAUAUUGGUAAUAAGCUAUACCAAUCAUGCUCUAGACCAGUUCUUGGAAGACCUACUGGAUGUUGGAAUCCCAGCAGAGCAUAUGGUCCGGCUUGGCUCCAAGUCAACCGCGAGGACCGUGUCAAUGCUCUUGCCUCGACAUACUCACCAUUUAAAACGCUCGGCGGAGUCCUGGGCCACUAUUAACCAACUGAAAGCAGACCAGGCUGAGCUCAGUGAGCGGAUACACUUUGCCUUCGGGGACUACCUCAAUCUAAAUCCCUCUUUUCAGGAGAUCCUCGAGCAUCUUGAAUUUUCCCAGAGUGGUCGUCGAUUCUUUAACGCUUUCCGGCUACCAGCCGCGGAACAGGAGUGGAGACGGGUCGCGAGAAAAGGCAAGGAGGUCAAGAAAGACUACCUGUUCUCCCAGUGGAGGGCCGGAAAUGGCCCCGGAAUGUUUGCCAAUAAUGUUUCGAAAGACCUUGAAAGCGUGUGGGACAUGCCUGCUGCCAUCAGACAUGAACAACUUGCUGGGUGGGUGAGGGCAGUCAUACAGGAGCGAGCGCAGAUCGUCGAAGACUUGUCCGAGGAAUUCAACCGCAACCAAGAGCGCCUGGACGACCUCUUCAGCGAAGGAAAGGUCGGAUUCGUUCGUUCCAAAAGAGUCAUUGGCUGCACAACUACCGCAGCUGCAAUGCAACAGAAGCUCAUCCGCGCUUCCAGACCAGAUGUGGUUUUGGUGGAAGAAGCAGGCGAGAUAUUGGAGAGCCACGUACUUACGGCCCUAGCACCAACGGUCAAGCAACUGAUCCUCAUUGGCGACCAUAAGCAAUUGAGACCGAAAGUGAACAACUAUGCUCUUACCGUUGAGAAAGGAGACGGCUAUGAUCUCAACAUGUCACUGUUCGAGAGGAUGAUCCGUCAAGGCUACAAGCAUACGACUCUACGCAAGCAGCAUCGCAUGGAACCUCAAAUUUCCCUGUUUCCUCGGGCGCUUACAUAUCCAGAUUUGCUUGACGGACCGAAAACUGAAGGUAGACCGACCAUUGAUGGCCUGCAAGAUCGAGUCGUGUUCAUCAAUCACGAACACCCGGAGACUCAGCUUGACACGAUUGCAGACCGGCUAGACCCUGGUAUGAAAGCUAGCAAGGAGAACGCCUUCGAGGCUGUCAUGGUCCUCAGGAUUGUACGCUACCUAGCCCAGCAGGGUUACGGUACGGAUUCGAUGGUGGUCUUGACACCGUAUCUUGGUCAGCUCCGACUGCUUAGGCAGAAGCUCGCCGAGGAGAACGAUCCUAUUCUGAAUGACCCUGACGCUUCGGAAUUGAUCCAAGCUGGCCUAAUGACACAGGCGGCAUCCAAAGUGAACAAGAGGCCUCUGCGCAUCUCGACCAUUGAUAACUACCAGGGUGAGGAGAGCGACAUCGUCAUCGUAUCUCUCACACGCGGUAACGCCAAAGGAGAUAUUGGUUUCAUGGCAGCACCUGAGCGGCUGAACGUCUUGAUUACCCGUGCAAGAAACUGUCUCGUCAUGAUCGGCAAUAUGGACACAUUCAUGAGGAGCAGAGGAAAAGACACUUGGUAUCCGUUCUUCGAGCUGCUGAAGGAGCAUAGCCAUCUGUAUGACGGAUUACCUGUGAAGUGCGAGCGACACCCCAACAGGACGGCUGUAAUACAAACGCCAGAAGACUUUGACCAAGCCUGCCCGGACGGCGGCUGUGCAGAACCAUGCGGAGUCAUGCUCAAGUGUGGCUUGCACAAGUGCAAGCAUAGAUGCCAUCGCGUCAAUGAUCACUCUCAAGCAGAAUGCACUCACAUCGUUGAGAGGGUGUGUGAUCGACAGCAUAAAAGGCGAUUGGCCUGCAGCAAGAAGGAUGAGUCAUGUCGCAAAUGUAUCGACGAGGACAAAAAUAUGGAGAGGAGGGCAAAACGGGAUUUGGAAAUGGAGCGAGAGCGAUCUGCACGGCAACAGGCCUACCUGCAAGAGCUCCAACAUAUACAAGAUGAGCAGGAGCACGAACGGCGCCACAUGAGGUAUUUGACCGAACAGGAGACACAGAAGAAGUCGAUCGCCCAACAGCGCGAGGAUCUCAAGAUGCUCAAGGAGACGGCAUCGCGGAUGGCAAAGCUAAAGCUGGCACAAACCAGUGCUACCAACAAGACGCCUCCAGCGCCCGCUGAGGGUAAAACUUCAAGCCCGGACAGCGUCCCAGGUGUCCCAAGCGAUGUGCAGAAGGAGUGGGAGUAUUUGAAAGAGUUCGAAGGGGCUCGAAGUGACCCUCUUGACGAGUUGAUGGGCAUGAUAGGCCUCGAGGAGGUCAAGGAGCAGUUCCUCCAAAUCAAGAACACAGUGGACACCAAGCUGCGGCAGAACGUCUCUCUUGCGUCGGAGCGGUUCAGCUGUUCCUUGCUGGGAAAUCCGGGCACGGGCAAAACCACUGUGGCUCGCCUGUACGCCAAGUUCCUCACGUCCAUUGGCGUCUUACCCGGGUCCCAUUUAGAAGAGACGACGGGAUCCAAACUGGCAAACCUUGGAGUAUCGGGCUGUCAGAAACUGAUCGACAGUGUGUUGAACGAAGGAGGCGGCGUGAUUUUCAUCGAUGAAGCGUAUCAGCUGACGUCCGGAAACAGCCACGGCGGCGCCGGCGUUCUCGACUACCUCCUUCCCGAGGUCGAGAAUUUGACCGGCAAGAUCGUCUUCGUUCUCGCUGGAUACAACAAGCAGAUGGAGAGCUUCUUCUCCCACAACCCUGGCCUACCUAGUCGUUUCCCGAUCGAGAUGGGGUUCGCGGACCACACUGACGACGAGCUCCUUCGAAUUCUGGGGCUCAAGAUCUCGAAGCAGUACAAAGGGUCUAUGAAAUGCGAGGAUGGGUUGCAGGGCCUGUACUGCCGCAUCGUCUCCAGGAGAAUCGGACGCGGUCGUGGGAGAGAGGGCUUCGGGGAUGCUCGAACUGUCGAGAAUACCCUGGCAAGAAUCACGCUGUCCCAAGCAAAACGAUUGACGGGACAGCGUCGGCAAGGGCUCAAACCUGACGAUCUGCUCCUGACCAAGGAAGAUCUAAUCGGCCCCAAACCUUCAGAGGUCCUGGGAAAGUCUGAAGGAUGGCGCAGGCUGCUGAAACUGAUUGGUCUAUCGUCCGUGAAGCAGGCCGUCAAGUCGUUGGUUGAUAGCGUCGAGCAAAACUACCACCGAGAACUGGCCGAACAACCACCGAUUGAGUACUCUCUGAACAAGGUGUUCAUUGGGAAUCCAGGAACCGGCAAGACGACAGUGGCCAAGCUGUACGGUCAGAUACUGGUAGACCUUGGGCUGCUAUCAAAAGGCGAGGUUGUGGUGAGAAAUCCGUCAGACUUUGUUGGGUCUGCUUUAGGACAGUCCGAACAACAGACCAAGGGUAUCUUGGCCUCCACCACAGGCAAGGUCCUGGUCAUCGAUGAAGCUUAUGGGCUUUAUGGCAGCGGCAGCGGUAGUGGCCAGGGCUCUAUGACCGACCCGUAUAAGACCGCAGUGAUCGAUACAAUCGUAGCCGAGGUUCAGAGUGUCCCUGGCGACGACCGCUGUGUCCUAGUCUUAGGAUACAAGGAGCAGAUGGAAACGAUGUUCCAGAACGUCAACCCAGGCCUCAGCAGACGAUUCCCAAUCGCUUCGGCCUUUGAAUUUGCUGACUUCAGCAACGAGGAGUUGCGACAAAUCCUGGACCUGAAGCUCAAACAACAGGCUUUCGAGGCCACAGACCAAGCAAAGAACGUGGCCAUGGAGAUACUGGAUCGAGGUCGGAACCGUCCAAAUUUCGGCAAUGCUGGCGAUAUUGACAACCUUCUCGACACGACCAAAGCCCGGCACCAGUCUAGGUUCUCCCGUGGACAGACCAAAUCAGCAGCCACACUGGAGGCCAUCGACUUCGACGAGAACUUUGACCGUGCCGAGAGAUCAGAAACCAACGUCCAGACGCUGUUCGAAGGGACUGUCGGAUCCGUAGACAUCGUGGCACGGCUGACAGGCUAUCAGGAGACGGUCCGCACAAUGAAAGCCUUGGAUAUGGAUCCCAGGGAGAACAUACCCUUCAACUUCCUGUUCCGAGGCCCGCCAGGAACGGGCAAAACCACGACCGCGCGCAAAAUGGGAAAGGUGUUCUACGACAUGGGGUUCCUCGCUGAUGGGAAAGUGAUCGAAUGUUCGGCCACCGACUUGAUUGGCCAGUACGUGGGCCAGACAGGGCCAAAAGUCCAACAGCUUCUGGAUAAGGCUCUCGGAAAAGUGCUGUUCGUCGAUGAAGCAUACAGGCUUGCUGAUGGAGGCUUUGCGACUGAAGCUGUCAACGAGCUUGUCGACAGCGUCACGAAGGAGAGGUACCACAAGAAGCUGAUUAUCAUCCUCGCGGGGUAUGAGAAGGAUAUAAACCGCCUAAUGUCGAUAAACGAAGGCCUGACGUCGCGGUUUCCAGAGGUGGUCAACUUCCGCGGUCUCAGCCCCCCCGAGUGCUUCACCCUUCUCACGAAGCAGUUCGCGUCCCGAAGACCCAAAUUGGAGCUCAAAGGGAUCUCUCUGGAUCUCACAGCGGUCGAGUCACCGAGUCUGGACUUUGCCCAGCAGGUCGCGCGGCUCUUCUCCGGACUCUCCAAGCAGAGCAGCUGGGCGAGCGCACGGGAUGUACAGACGCUGGGCAAGGCUAUAUUCAACGACAUGCUGAAGGAUAGAGCGGCCCUGACGUCGAAGAAACUGGUGCUUCAAGAAGGCGUGGUCAUCUCCCAUCUCCAGAAGCUUUUUGAUGAACGCGAGUCACGAAGCAGGAGUGGUGCAGCGGCCUUCACGCCGCAGACUGGUGCCAUGGACUGCGCCUCUGGAACGCAGGCAGUCCCUAGAUCAACCUUCAAUACAUCCACGAAGCCAGAGACAGAGCGUCCCGCCGAGCCCGAACACCACAGCGAGCCCGAGCCCCAAGCCGCAACCAAGGACAAGGACAAGGACAAGCAAGGUUCGACACAGCCCCACGGGCACCACGGCGCGCAGCGCGACGCCGGCGUGAGCGAUGCCGUCUGGGCGCAGCUCCAACGAGACAGACAAGCGGAACAGGAGCGGGAGAACGAGUACCAACGUCUGCUCGAAGCCAAGGACAGGGCCAAGGAAGCCGAGAGGGAAAGGAUCGUGCGCAAACUUCUGGAGGAGGAGCGCAGGCGAAAGGAGGAAGCCGAGAUGCAGAUCAGGUUGGCGCAGAUGGGCGUUUGUCCCAUGGGCUUCAGCUGGAUCAAGCAGGCGGCUGGAUACCGGUGCGCGGGGGGCUCGCAUUUCAUGUCUAAGCCGGGCCUCUUGGCUACCGAUGAUGGAACAGAGAAGAGUCGUCCGUCACUCGAGACCCAACGUGUUUCUGCCCGGCACGUCCCAAACGUCGAAGUCAACGCCCGCUUCUCUAUACAGUCCCUUGAUUUCCUCAGUUGCUCCGUCACCAUCCUACAAGAUGCCGCGAUUGACCCAGCACACACUCUUCAAGUUCGCACAUCGAACCUUGCAAGGGGCUGCAAAUCUUCGGAUCAUGUUGCGCAGAUGUUCAACGUGACCUCCCCAAUGAUGCGGUGCAAGAUCACCGAACAACCUCGUCCCUCGGAUUGUGAGCUUCCGUAG